AUGCAGUUCCUUGCGACGGGUCCGCUGUCGGUCGGCGAACGAGCGGCGGGGCGGGUGCCGCGGGCUCGCCGAGUUGACGUCAUGCUCAUCGCUUUUAACCAAACAGCUAACUUGUCAGACCUGGCGUUCGACUCCGACCGUCCUGCCAGCCCCUUCAGCCUCGCCCAGAAGAUCGUCAUAGCCAUCAUCGCCAGCGUCCUCUCCGUGCUCACUGUAGUCGGCAACUCCAUGGUCAUGAUAAGCUUUAAGAUCGACAAACAACUGCAGACAAUCAGCAACUACUUCCUAUUCUCGUUAGCUGUCGCCGACUUCGCCGUUGGUUUGAUAUCUAUGCCACUAUUCACUAUGUUCACGAUAUACGGCUACUGGCCGCUCGGACCUCAUAUUUGCGACACCUGGCUGGCGUUGGACUAUUUAGCGUCUAACGCAUCAGUACUUAAUCUUUUAAUAAUAAGUUUCGAUCGAUAUUUUAGUGUGACGCGACCCUUAACGUACAGGGCUAAAAGGACUACACGCCGUGCGAUGGUUAUGAUAGGAUGUGCGUGGGGUUUCAGUUUGGUUUUAUGGCCGCCGUGGAUAUACGCGUGGCCGUAUAUAGACGGAGAGAGGAAGGUACCACCGCACGAAUGUUACAUACAGUUCAUAGAGACAAACCAGUUUAUCACGUUCGGAACAGCCAUAGCUGCGUUUUAUGUGCCAGUGACAGUGAUGUGUAUAUUGUACUAUAAAAUAUGGAGGGAAACCAAGAAAAGACAGAAGGAUCUGCCUAAUCUACAAGGCGGGAAGAAACACGAUUCAUCCAAGAGAUCUAAUUCUAGUGACGAAACCAAAGAAAUAGAUGGUCGAGCAAGAUCUGAGUCUGGGGAUGCUGAUUCAGUGUAUCACGUGAGGGGUGCACUCCAUGACGCCAGGUGGAGAGAGAAUCAGGCUUUAUCCCAACGUCCAAAGCGGGGCUGGGCUGCGGUGAGGGAUUGGUGUGUCGCUUGGUGGCACUCUGGGAGAGAAGACCUCGAGGAUACAGAACCUGAGGAAGAGCCAUCUGACCCUGGGUAUGCCACUCCCGUGUCGGUGGAGACUCCGUUACAGAGUACUGUGUCAAGGUGCACAUCUCUUAAUGUCAUAAGAGAUCCGUACGCUGGUCGUGGGGGUUCGGGAGGUUCGAGUGUCACAGAUGGAGGAACUUCCCCACUCCGACGAAAUUUCGAGACUCCAGCCCCUAUACCAGCUGCCAGAGAUAGCCGAUCGUUACCACCGAACACCAGAAUCAAUACCUCUACAUCACCAGCCCCCAAAUCCGCAUCCGCUGAUUCGGUCUACACUAUCCUUAUCAGAUUACCAGAUGCUGAUACAGACAGACCCAGUAUCAAAAUGAUAACCGAAGAAUCUCCUCCGACGAAUACAAGAACACACUAUCGACCAGCCCGAGGAGAUUCAGAAUUGAACUUACACCCAGCUGGGCACGCCGCACUAACCAGACGAACAUCACACAUACAAGACGUGAGAAUUCCUCUCAAUGCGAAAAUUAUUCCGAAACAAUUAGCCGGCAAAGGUAUUACCUCAAAACAGCCAAAGAAAAAGAAAACUCAAGAGAAAAAACAGGAAUCAAAAGCUGCGAAAACGCUCUCAGCAAUUUUGUUAUCUUUCAUCAUCACUUGGACGCCUUAUAAUAUCCUCGUGCUAUUGAAACCACUCACAGCAUGUACCAAGUGUGAUGAACUUUGGUCUUUCUUUUAUGCGCUAUGUUACAUAAACUCCACAAUAAAUCCUGUGUGUUAUGCCCUAUGCAACGCAACGUUCAGGCGAACGUACGUUAGAAUUUUGACUUGUAAAUGGCAUAAUAGAAAUAGGGAAGCAAUGACUAGAGGAGUGUAUAAUUAG